AUCUUUCUUGAUUGUAAACAUGAAAUGGAAAAGAAUAUGAGUAUAAAAAGCAGCUGUGAAUCUUCUGAAAGCAUCAUUUGAUUUUCAGUCUCAAAUUAUCAAAGAUUAUAAGACUGAGCGAUAAGGAAAUCAUGUCAUUUAAGUUUCUCUUAUUCGUGGUGGCAGCCGUAAGUGCUGCCAGUAUUCAGGAGCCCGUUGAGCAAACAUCCCAACAUAGUCAGCAGGACAAUCAUCACAACCGAGAAGGAUCUCAACUACAGCACCAAAUAGAGCGCCAGGAGCAGCAAUCUCAAAGAUAUGCCGCAGAUACCGUACUCCAGAAAAGCGAUGAUUCGGCAGGAUAUGAAUUUUCAUAUUCCGUACAGGAUCCGAUCACCGGUGAUUACAAAAGCCAGGAAGAGACCCGAAGGAAUGGAAAAGUGAGAGGGCAGUACUCUUGGGUGGAUGCUGACGGAAUCAGACAGAUUGUGCAAUAUCGAGCGGACGACCGUAAUGGUUUCAACUCGGAACAUCGGCGAGAACCGGAUUCCCGCCCAAGGUUGAACCGUGUCCUGAAAGUCGUUCCGGCUCCACUGUAUACCGUCGAUACUGUGAUAGCACCAAUUUAUACCUCCGCAUCACGCACGGAUCAUCCCCGAAUCCGCAAUCAGGAUAAUCGAGGUAGCCGCAAAGAAGAUCGUGAAAAUCGCCAGGAUAAAGACGAUCGCGACGGACGGGAAAAUCGAGAUGAUUCAGAAAUUAAUCGUGAAAGUGACAUCCAGGACAGUCGUAACGAUCGUGAUGGCCGGGACGGAUCAGAAAAACGAGACAAUCAAGACGGUCGCGAAACUUCAGAUGCACGCGAUCGAACCCAAGACGGACGAAGAGGACGUGAGGGCCACACCCAACUGGAAGUUCGAUUUCAUGACCCUGCUGUCUCCUAUCAGUACCAGUACUUUCUAGCAUUAUUUUUAGUGCUUUCCGUGGCAAAUGCCGGAGUUAUUCCGGUGCAAGAACUGCACACAUCGUACCAUGAACCGUCUCAUAUAACUCAAUAUCAUCAACCGCAGCCAACUCUGCUUAAAACUAUCGCCCAACCGACACUCGUGAAAACAAUCGCCCAACCGAGCUUGGUCAAACAGAUUGAAUAUCACGAUGAUCACAACGCUCAGUACGAUUUCUCCUACGGCGUACAUGACGAGCACACCGGAGACAUCAAGAAUCAGCAGGAAUCUCGUCACGGAGAUCAGGUACAUGGUCAGUACAGUCUGAUUGACUCCGACGGACACAAACGCACGGUCGAGUACACCGCCGAUGAUCACAACGGUUUCAACGCCGUGGUUCACCGGGAACCAACGGAUAUUAGGAUCCCCCAACCGGUGCACAAGGUACUGGCUCAACCCCUGACGAAAGUCAUCUCACAGCCAACAUACGUUUCGGCCGCCGCUCCUGCUACUGUGAUCAAAACUGCUGGACUAUCGCACUACUAAACGGUAGACCUAGCUUGAUUUGGAAAUACUAUUAGUCGUACAAAAUUACCCUUAAGCCUGUCGAGCGUUAGUUUGUAAGUACAAAUAUAUACUGCUACGAUUCUA